AUGGACCCAAAAUUCUGUUGGCGAACCUUCAAGAAGAGACGAAUGGUUGAUGUGAAUAGGGAUCUGAUAAGUGAGUUGCCUGAUGCUUUGCUGAUUCAGAUAUUGUCUUUGGUUCCGACAAUAGAUGCAGUAGGAACUUGUGUUUUGUCCAAACGAUGGAGUUCUCUUUGGCAAUAUCUGCCUAAGCUUGACUAUCACUACCAGAAUGGUAGAACUUCCUCGAGAUUGUCACCGCAAUUUGUUCAUAGGUUCUUGUUACUGAAUAAGUCACUUCUUCUAGAGAGUAUGCGACUUAUAGUUGAGUCGGAUUGUGAGGCUGUUGAUAUCGGAAUUUGGAUUGGAUAUGCGGUUGAACGUGGUUUGCGUGAGCUUGAACUCGAUCCUAACUCAGAGGAUGGAUCUAUCCGAUUGCCAAGUAAUAUCUAUGCUUGUAAAACACUCGAGGUCUUAAAACUCAAGAGCUAUGUUCGUGUAGAUGUUCCUGAUUCUCCUGUUUGUUUCAAGUCCCUCAAGAUCCUAAACCUUCACCUUGUUUACUACGAGGACGAGGAUUCAGUGCGUAGACUUUUCUCGAGUUGUCCUAAUCUUGAAGAAUUGGACGUGAAACGAUAUAUUGACAAUGUGAUAAAGUUCACUAUCGAAUCAUCUUCUUUAAAGAGAUUACCAAUACGUGAUCGUAGUGAUGGAGAUGGCCAAAGAGGGUAUGUGAUCAAUGCCCCUUCUUUGAACUACUUAUCCAUUAAAGGACCUAAAGAUUUUGAAUUUUCUCUUGAGAAUACUCCGAAGCUAGUGGAGGCAAAGAUUACAAAUAUCUCUAAUAUAAAAACUGAGAAGAUUCUCCUACCUCUUGCCUCGUCAGUAAAGCGUCUCUCCUUGUCUUUGUCGCAUUUAGAGACUAGGUAUGCAGCCAGUAUUAUCUUCCACCAGCUUGUAUAUUUGGAGCUAGGUACUAGAGAAACCGAGUGGUGGAAUUUACUUAUGAAUUUGCUAAUGAACUCUCCUCAGUUACAAGUUCUCAAGCUAAGAGAUGGAGACGGGAACUACAGUGAAGAGCACGAGAUUAACCCACCAUUUACCAAACCGAUUUCUGUUCCUCCUUGUUUGUUAUCCCAUCUACAAAUAUUUGAGUGGGAAGGAUACAAUGGACAACGUGAAGAAGAGAUACAAGUUGCAACAUACAUACUUACAAAUGCCAAACAUUUGACGAAGGCAAAUUUCUCGAGGAAUUACAAAUACUUUACUGCUGAUGAAAAACUUGAGAUGUUACAGGAGUUAGCUCGUGAGCCUAAGGCUUCAACGUCCUGUUACUUUUUCUUCGAGUGA